UCCACCAAUCCUUCACGUUCCCGAUCCAAACAAACACAAGAAAAUGCAAGAGAAUCUCCAUCACUGAGCACACACUCUUUCUAUAGAAAAUGGAGACCCUUCUCUCUCCUUGUUCUUUCUCUCCUCCUCUCAUUCCCAAACCAUCAUCAUCCCAUCAAUCCAGACUCACAAGUUCUUCUUCUUUCUUGGCUCUAUCGAAUUCCACUGUCUCCGGCCCGAAACACAUUUCCAGCCAGUUUAGUGCUAAACCAGACGCUUGGUUAAGAGAUGCAAAGCAAGGACUAGCUGCUCUAGCUCUAUCUCUAGCUCUUAGUUUCUCACCUGUUGGCACUGCCGUAGCCUCUGAGUUCAAUAUUCUGAACGAUGGUCCGCCCAAAGAAACUUACGUUGUCGACGACGCUGGUGUUCUUAGUCGAGUCACGAGAUCAGAUCUGAAGAAACUUUUGUCUGAUCUUGAAUACAGAAAGAAACUCCGACUCAAUUUCAUCACUGUCCGAAAGCUCACUAGUAAGGCAGAUGCGUUUGAGUAUGCAGACCAGGUUUUGGAGAAAUGGUAUCCUUCGAUUGAAGAAGGCAACAAUAAGGGUAUUGUUGUUUUGAUCACUAGUCAGAAGGAAGGAGCCAUUACUGGUGGUCCAGCUUUCAUUGAAGCUGUUGGUGAAAAGAUUCUUGAUGCUACCGUCUCGGAAAAUCUUCCCGUACUAGCCACGGACGAAAAAUACAAUGAGGCAAUAUACAGCAGUGCAAAACGGUUGGUUGCAGCAAUAGACGGUCUCCCGGAUCCCGGUGGUCCAGAAGUGAAGGAUAACAAGAGAGAAUCAAAUUUUAAAACCAAAGAAGAAACCGAAGAGAAGAGAGGACAGUUCAGUCUUGUCGUUGGAGGUUUGCUGGUAAUUGCCUUUGUUGUUCCCAUGGCUCAGUACUAUGCUUAUGUAUCCAAGAAGUAGUGUAUUGGCUCACUCUCGUAUAUACCAAACUGGGCCAGGUCAUAACAUUGCUACCAACCCGGUUUUAUCAUGAUUUGUUUUUGUUAUGGUUUCUUGGUAUAUCGGUAUUUGAGCAAUAUAGGUAUAUAAAUACACAAUAUGACAACAAAACCGAAAUAAUGGUUGAAAC